AUGCGGACAAGUUCAAGCCAUGGAUCCGUGACGACGACGUUGCUAACAGCACUGGUGCUGUUGCUUUGUGCUUGCCACGUCCUCGCCGGGGCCGACUUCUACAAGAUCUUGGGCCUGAGCAAAACGGCGAGUGAGAAGGAGAUCAAGAAGGCUUGUGAGUUGACUUGAUCGUAGAGGGUUGGUUGUGGCUCGGGGUUACUGAGCUGAAAUUGGCUUUGUCUGUUAUACAGACCGGGUAAGUUCGUGGUUGGAGUUAGCCGCUCGGGGAAUCACCGAGGACCGAUCAUUUGUGCUGCGAAUAAGAAAGGGAGAGCGCUGACACAGAGUGUUUGUUGUUGUUUUUGGUUCUCUUACAGAGAUUGAGCAAGCAAUAUCGUACGUAGAUCGAGGGCCGCCCUCGGAGUCCGCCCUCGAUGUCCCUAGCUGAGCACGCUCGCAUUCCUUCUCUCAGACCCCGACAAGAACCCCGAAGAAUCCGCCAAAGCCAAAUUCCUCGAGAUCGGGCACGCGUACGAAGCCCUCUCCGACCCGGAAAAACGUAAAAUCUACGACCGGUUCGGUGAAGAAGGUCUCAAGCAACAACAGGGUGGUGGGGGUGCUUUCCAUGAUCCGUUCGAUGUCUUCCGUCAGGCUUUUGGCGGACAACAACAGCAGAGGAAGGGGAACAAUAUGAUCGCCGAUAUCGAGGUCGAUUUAGAAUCGAUUUAUUCUGGGGAUAGGAUAAACGUUAGUAUUCGGAACGAGGGGGAAGAACGCAAAGGGGUCGCAGGGGACUGGGAAUGCUGACGCUUUGUUCGUGCUCGCGUCGAUCGCCAGUUCAACAUUGCUCGAAAGCAAAUGUGCGAGGAAUGCGAAGGAUCAGGGGCAAGGUCGGCUCAGGAUGUUGUCGAGUGCAAAGCAUGUGAAGGUGCGCUUUGGAUUCGAAACGCUCACGAGGUUGGUGAUUCUGGAAGCUGAUUCUUUCUCGCGUCGGUCAGGUCGAGGCAUCCGUCUCGUGCGCCAUCAACUCGCACCGGGGAUCUACCAACAAGUCCAAAUGCACUGUACGUGAUCCACCCUUCAUCAUUUCUUACAAAACGGCAACUGAUCCCGUACUUUCUCCGCCCUCUUUUCAAACAGGUGACCAAUGCGCCGGCCGCGGCAAAAAGACCCUCCACGCUUGCCCCGUCUGCCGCGGACACCGCAUCGUCGAUUCCUCCGUCGAGCUCACCCUCGACAUCGACCGAGGCAUGCCCGAAGGUUCGGAAGUCGUUUUCGAAGGCGAAGCCGACGAAUCGCCCGACAUCGCAGCAGGGGACGUGAUCGUCCGAGUCCGUUCGAAGCGCAAGGCAGGGGGUUUCGUGCGAAAGGACUCGAAUUUGUAUUGGAAGGAACCUUUGAGUUUGGCGGAGGCCUUGUUGGGGUUCAAGAAGACUGUGGUGGGGUUGGAUGGGCAUAAGAUCGUGCUGCAGAGGAAUGGGGUCACGCAACCGGGGUUCGUGCAGGUCGUGGCAGGGGAGGGCUUGCCGAUCUAUCACGAGUCGAAUCAUGGGGAUUUGUACGUCGAGUACGUCGUUGUUUUCCCAACCGAGUUGUCGCCCAAGCUCAGACAAGGUACGUUGCGCUCGACUGUGGAGAGGUUGAACUCUUCUCGCGCGUCGACUGACCAUCCGCUUCCUUCACUUUUCAGCUCUCGAAACAGCCCUGGUCUACAAGUCCCCUGCUCACUCCGAGUUGUAG